AGAUAGUCGUGUUUGCUGCCGGGACGUGAGAUGUGUUGGAUGGUGGCGUUUGCUCUCAAAACAACAACAAACAUCCAAGGUUUCAGCUUCACCUAUCUUCGUUGCUAUCAAUACAACAACAUUUAAUAAAGUUUUGCUUAUGCAUGUAGCAUGAAGAUCUCAAGAACAGCAAUGCAUAAAUUGUCUGGGUGAGUCUCCUUUGUCUCAACACACUGAAGAGAUAAGAAUGUUACUGAAGUGCCUAAUGAGAACUCCAGUUGGAAGGCAUUAUAAUUCUUCCAUAAUAUGGGCAUUGCUUGGUCUCUUUAUGGCUGCUGGAGUAUGUGGAGAGUACUACACCAACUGCUCCUCUCUACUAGCUGGUCAGUUUCUGUGCACAGAAGCUAACAUAGAUCCACGAACGCAGCAGCCUCGAGGGUGUACCAAAGCUGGGCGUACCAAGGUUGUGUGUACCUCAGCCCCUGGCAUUGUUUGUACAGAAACUAAUAAUGGGACUUUUGAACGUGAAAUUCCAUGCAGAUACACAAAUGGCUAUUCUUAUGAAACAGCCUUACUCCUUUCGGUAUUUCUUGGAAUGUUUGGCAUAGAUCGCAUUUACCUUGGCUACUAUGCCGUUGGUCUUGCUAAAUUUUGUACCCUGGGAUUCUUGUUUCUUGGGCAGCUGAUUGAUAUUAUUCUUAUUGCUACACAAACUGUUGGACCUGCUGAUGGCUCACACUAUGUCAUAAGUUAUUAUGGGGCUGGCAUUGAGGUUAUUCGUAUGGAUAAUAUGACUUACAGAAUGCCACAGGAAGACUGGGGGGUAGUAGGCCGUGGAGUUAAGGAUCUCUGAAGUUUCUGGGAAAAAUGCAAUACAAAUAUUGGUUAGUUAUCAAUUACAUUUUGUAAAAGCUAUUAACUUUUUGUAAUCACUUUAUCUUAUGUCCUUAUAAUUCAUAGAAUACUAUUUACUGAUUGGCAGGUUUUGAUUACAUUUGUCAUACUUCAGGAUUUAUAGUUCUGUUAAUAAAGGUUUGGCUUGUCAAACAUUAUUGCUCUAUCAGUCUUUUCUGUGAGGAGUUUCGUCGGCUCCCUGGAGGUAUCCAAACUGAUAUGUGCUUUAUUAGUUUGGGGUCAUCAGUUACAGGAGUUCUUAUGCCUACCGGGAACCAUGAGCCAAAACCUGGUCCCCUCAGAGAGGCUCAGUGAGCAAUGGCCUAUGAGCACUUUGUAUGUCAUAAUUGCCAUCGACUGGGAAAGGACCCAGAAAUAGGGACAUGAAUCAAAACAGACCACUGUCUGGUUAACUUGUGCAAUCUACAAUCUGGUCCCCGUCAUGUGAAACGCUUGUCUUUCGAAACUAUUUUUUCCAUUUCAAAUAAUGUAAAUAAAAUUAAUCCGUUCCACUCCCAAAAACAUCAAUAUGACAUUUUAUAAGGUAAAUAUAAUACUGUAUAUGUAAUUAUUAUAAAUGUUUUGUUUUACUGUUUUCAAUUGUACAUGUACAUUACCUUAUGAAGAGUCGUUGCUGACUUGAGGAAGACGAUGGGGAGGUGGGAAGGAGGAGAGGGGUUACGGUGUGGAAGGAUAAUCCACCUCUGAGUCAGGCGGGCUCUCUCUUCUUGGGAAUUUCACCACACUGAGACCGGGUUGUGGUUCACUAUCACUUGCUCGUCUUUUCUUUACCUUUCCAAAGAAUGUACAGUAUCUGUUGACAAUUGCUUUUGUCUUCAUUUUAAGAUGUCCCUAAAACGCGACAGAAAAUUGUCAUUAAACAUGUUCACACACUGUGUUGUCACUGCUUUAUCAGGGUGAUGCUUUUCCAAGAAUGCGGUCACCUUUUCAAACAUUCCCAACGCCUCCGUGAUCUCACUGGAAGAGGCAGCCUUGCCUUGCUGGCAUUCAUCUCUUAGCAACGAAUUCCUGGAACUCUGACACAAAUUUUACGGCAGCAGCUUUAUUAGAGCUGGCAGCUUUCCUAUGUCACACAACACUGUGUAUACCACCUCUCUUCCUAAAUUUCUCAAACCAUCCCCGGCUUGCCUUAAAUAUCUCCUCAUCUUCAGACGACGUGCCUUGUGUAUUCCUGACAAGGUCCACAUACAGCACCUUUGCCUUAGCACAAACAAUAGCUUCAGAGAUACUAUUGCCAUGUCAUUGACUUUCAUUCAUCCAGACCAACAGUAGCUUUUCAACAUCUAGGAUUUUUGGAUGUUUCUUGGUAACUCCUUUAGCCACUUCAAGCUUCCUAAAUUCUUACUUCUUUAAGAUGGUGCAAAUUGUUGAUGAGGACCUGCCAUAAUCCCUGGCGAGAUCAGUCACACGGACACCACGCUUGUGCUUUGCUAUGAUUUCUUUCUUCAAAUCUACAGUAGGAAGCACCAUGUGGUUUUCUCAUUGAGCGAAAGCUCGUCAAUCGAGACAAAUGUUCUGCGAGUGGCUCGCUAGUUACUUGAAAUGCUCGUAGAUGGAGCUGCUCGUCACUCGAGGUUCCACUAUAUAGCACAUACCAGUUCGGAUAGCUUCAGGGAGUCUCCAGAGCCCACCCAAUCAAUGGCAUUUCAUUACAUUCAAUGCUGGUUUUUUGCAUACAUUAUUCUAUUUUUUGUAUAUUCCAUCUAUAUCUACUCAUGUAGACAUCUGUCUACUACUGGUGUAUCCAUAGUAGAUAUAAGUUCAAUCAUUUUUGGAGGAUGGGUUGCAUUACUGUAUGGACCUAAAAAAAUAAUUCAAUUAUAAUGAUUGUAUUGGAGAAUAAAAAAUUGUGAAGGUACAGUAUUUCAAAAUUUAAGAAUAAAUAUCUUAACUAAUUUAAAAAUGAUCAUUAUAUAUUAAAGCAUAAGUAGCUAUUGCAAUAUGUAGCAACAGAGAGAAACUAAUGCCUGUGAGAAAAAUAGUGUAAAAUAAUAUUUGUGGUUCUAUAGUGAGAUGAGGUUAAUAUACUGUGGAUAUGUAGCAAAAUUCAUGUAGAGUAACUGUUUGUUUUUGCAGGUUUUGUGUUUACAAGUUCAGUAUUUUGUACAAAGAUGCAGAAUGAUAGUUUUUUCAAAUGGUUGUACAGGAGGUCAAUGGAUAAAUAUCACAUUUAGGUUGUCUCAUCUUAAAUAAAUAUUUUUUAAUAAAGAAUUUCUAAAUA